CCUAACACUUCCACUCUCUACCUACCUCCCAUCCUUGUAAACCAUGUUUUUGACGCGUUCCGAGUACGGUUCGUUUAUUCUGACAGUUCAGCAUAUUCAUAGAAUAGGGCUCAUCAUAUUCGCAGAUCGAGGUGUCAACACAUUCUCCCCAGAAGGUCGACUGUUCCAAGUCGAAUAUGCUAUCGAAGCUAUCAAGCUUGGAUCGACAACAGUUGGCGUGCGCACUCCAGAAGGCAUAGUCCUUGCAGUAGAGAAGCGCGUCCAAUCACCACUCCUAGAAUCAAGCUCCAUCGAAAAGAUAAUGGAAAUCGACACUCACCUAGGAUGCGCAAUGUCAGGCCUCACAGCUGACGCUCGGACCAUGAUCGACCACGCACGCGUCACAGCCCAGAACCACGCUUUCACCUACGACGAGAAGAUUAAAGUAGAGAGUGUAACUCAGGCUGUGUGCGAUCUGGCGUUGCGAUUUGGUGAGAGUGUAAAUGACGAGGACGCGAUGAUGAGUCGGCCAUUUGGUGUUGCGCUGCUUAUUGCUGGUGUUGACGAGCUGGGACCACAACUAUACCAUACGGAUCCCUCGGGCACCUUCAUGCGGUAUAAUGCAAAAGCCAUAGGGUCAGGAUCAGAAGCAGCACAAAGCGAGCUACAAGACAAGUGGCACAAGCAAAUGACAUUGCUUGAGGCACAAAAACUGACCCUGCGAGUUCUAAAGCAAGUUAUGGAAGAGAAACUUGACCACCACAACGUCCAGUUGGCACAGGUCACGCCACAGAAAGGCUUUGCGAUAUUAGACGAAGUACAACUGAAGGAAAUUAUUGACGCCAUGUAAUGUUUCAGGUAGAUGUCAAUAUUAAGACCUUUCCUGGCUCUCGUCGCAU